GUUGAGUUGAGUCACGGGCAAAGUACUUGGUUUCUUUGCAGCAAAGGUAAAGAAAGAAUAAAAAGACUCUCUUUCUCUUUCUCUUUCUCUCUGUCUGAGCCAACUCGGUUCCAUACUCGGUGGCGACUCAAAAUGGGUCAAGAAUCGUUUAUCUAUAGCUUCGUCGCCAGAGGAACUAUGAUCCUCGCCGAGUAUACCGAAUUCACAGGCAAUUUCCCGUCUAUUGCUGCUCAGUGUCUCCAGAAGCUUCCGUCCUCCAGCAACAGCAAGUUCACUUACAACUGCGAUCACCAUACCUUCAAUUUCCUUGUCGAAGAUGGCUACGCAUAUUGUGUUGUGGCGAAAGAUUCUCUUAGCAAGCAAAUCUCGAUCGCAUUUCUGGAGCGUGUGAAAGCUGAUUUCAAGAAGAGAUAUGGAGGUGGAAAAGCAAGUACAGCUAUCGCCAAAAGUCUCAACAAGGAGUUCGGGCCGGUGAUGAAGGAACACAUGAAUUAUAUUGUUGACCAUGCAGAGGAGAUUGAAAAACUAAUAAAAGUCAAGGCUCAGGUUUCAGAAGUUAAAAGUAUAAUGUUGGAGAAUAUUGACAAGGCAAUCGACAGAGGGGAAAAUCUAACAGUUCUUACUGACAAGACCGAGAAUCUACGCUCUCAGGCGCGGGAAUACAAGAAAACCAAGGGACACAGGUGAGGAGGAAAUUGUGGUACCAGAACAUGAAGAUAAAACUGGUGGUUCUUGGGAUCUUGCUACUACUUGUUCUCAUAAUCUGGAUAUCGGUUUGUCAUGGAUUUAAUUGCACGGAUUGAAGACACAACAAAUUACUCUACGUGAUGGUUAGAGACUUAGAGCUUUUGGCGGAGACAGGCGACAAACAGAGACAAAAGUCUUCAGUAGAGAGAUUAGUAAAGAGAGAGAGAGGGGAACAAAAUGGUACCAUAUGUAUUGUAAGGUUUUGACUUUGGAUGUUGUAUUAUUAUAUAAAGUAUUUGUGUUCUUUCUUUGGGUGUACCAUACUAAUUCACAUAUUCUACGUAGCGUAAUUAAAGGCGAGGAUAUCUUAAAACUUGC